UACCCGACCUUGUCCAAAAAUUGAAAACAAGAAGGCGUAUAAACAACGACUAAUAGACAAACAGGAUAGGAGUAGAUAAGAACGGCAAAGAUGAGCGAGCCUAGCACACCACCCAAUGAACAGGCGGAGGACAAACAGCAAGUUGAUACCACAGACGAACAGAUUGAUAAUCUACUACGCGAAGUUGAAGAGUUGAAGGCUUCGAGUCCUAUUAAACCGAUUCAACGCGACGAUGAUGAGACGAGUGAUGGGGAGCGUGAAGUACAGAAGGAUGAUGUAGCUUUAUCUGAUCACUCCAGUCACAGGGAUAGUACUACACAGACUGAUGUUGAUGUUGUCGAUGUCGAUGUCAAGGCGACGGUGGGCGAUACCACUGCCAAUGGCGUCAAAGAGAACGGCGUUAUUGAGAGCACCAACGGUGCCAACAAGGCCAAUGUUGAACCUGCUCAGCAGGCUAGAAAAGAUAUCCCCAAAUCAGUCUCACAGGCUCUAUUCACACCACUAAAAGUGAUGAGAGUACGUGAAAGGGACAGUGCGCCAAAGUUUGUUGGCAUCAAAUCAAAGGACGAGGACGAACAGUCGCGUAAGAAGAUCGAGUCGUUACAACAACGCGAACAAGAAUUGGCCCAAAAGACACGUAAAUUGCAAAAGGAGAUUGAUUACCUCAACAACCUCAUCGACACAGCUGGUGUUUCAAGCGAUUUAACCGAGCUUCGGAAGCUUAAGUACGCAAUUGAACGCUUGAACAGCUUCCUGGACCAAAAGGAGAAGGAGAAGUACGAGGUUGGGAUCCAGUUGACUCGAGCACUGAGGAAAAGAGUCGACAGCGGUGACUAUGGCGAAUUCUGGUCCAAUUGAUUGUAUUACUCCCUCUAAUUAUAACGGACUCUCUGCCUCUGUCCCCCGUCUCUCUGUAGAUAGCGUAGUGGCCGAACCGCAUUUCUAGAACUCUGUGGAAA